AUGUUGGGGCUACUUCUGGUUCUUCUGCUCCCAGGUUGCCUCCUCCCUGGUGUAGCCGGCGGUGACACUGAGUCCAUUCAGCCCAGAAACCUCUUGCAGUUCAGCAAGUUGAUUAAGUGCGCCAUACCAGGGAGCCACCCACUUUUAACGUUCAACGGCUACGGCUGUUACUGCGGGCUUGGUGGACAGGGGACACCGGUGGAUGAGCUGGACAGGUGCUGUCAGACACACGACAAUUGUUAUGGCGCGGCUUCGAAAAUGGGCUGCAAAUUUCUCAAGAACCCCAAAGCUGUGGGCUACAAGUACACCUGUUCAAAAAAGACCGUGACUUGCGCCAGUGAGUAUGGUCCAGGAGAAGCUUGGAAAAUUAUUUUCUUCACAAUCCAUGGGCAAUAUGUUCUAAAUAAUGCGUUCUGUUUCUUUUCAGGUAAAAAUAAAAAAUGUGCGAAGUUUGUCUGUGAAUGUGAUCGCAAUGCGGCCGUUUGCUUCCGCGAAGCACAACCCACGUACAAUAAAAAAUACAAGGGUAUGAAGAAAUCCAGCUGUAAAUAG